AUGGCUUCCAACACCUUUUCCGACUUUAAACUAGCUUCCGAGCUACCAGCCUGGUCCAAGCUGCAGGCCCUCUACGACGCCAAGUCUAAGUCUUUGAACGUGAAAGACGAGUUUGCCAAGGACAGCAAGCGUUUCGAGAAAUGGUCCAAGACUUUCAAGAACUACGAUGGUUCUGAGAUCUUGUUCGACUUCUCCAAGAACUUGGUUGACGACGAGGUUUUGGCUGCUCUGUUGGAGCUUGCUAAGGAGGCCAAGGUCACCGAGUUGAGAGAUGCCAUGUUCAACGGUGAGCACAUCAACUUCACUGAAGACCGUGCUGUUUACCACGUUGCGCUAAGAAACAGAGCCAACAGGGUCAUGAAGGUCGACGGCAAGGAUGUGGCUCCUGAAGUGGACUCCGUGUUGCAACACAUGAAGGAAUUCUCCGAGCAGGUCCGUUCUGGAGAAUGGAAGGGUUACACCGGCAAGAAGAUCACCGACGUUGUUAACAUUGGUAUUGGUGGUUCCGACUUGGGCCCUGUCAUGGUUACCGAGGCAUUGAAGCACUACUCUGGUGCCUUGAAGGCUCACUUCGUUUCCAACAUCGACGGUACCCAUAUUGCCGAGACCUUGAAGGUUUGCGACCCAGAGACUACCUUGUUUUUGAUUGCCUCCAAGACCUUCACCACUGCUGAGACUAUCACCAACGCUACCAGCGCCAAGAACUGGUUUCUAUCUAAGACUGGUGGCGACGCUAAGAACAUCGCUAAGCACUUUGUCGCUCUAUCUACCAACGCCGAGGAGGUCGCCAAGUUCGGCAUUGACACCAGAAACAUGUUCGGCUUUGACAGCUGGGUCGGUGGCCGUUACUCCGUGUGGUCUGCCAUUGGCUUAUCCGUCGCCUUGUACAUUGGUUUCGACAACUUUGAAGCCUUUUUGAAGGGUGCCGAAGCUGUUGACAAGCAUUUCGUCGAGACCCCACUAGAGGACAACAUUCCUUUGUUAGGUGGUCUAUUGUCUGUUUGGUACAACAACUUCUACGGUGCUCAGACUCAUUUGGUUGCUCCAUUCGACCAGUACCUACACAGAUUCCCAGCUUACUUGCAACAGUUGUCCAUGGAAUCUAACGGUAAGAGCGUGACUCGUGGUAAUGUUUUUACUAACUACACCACUGGUCCAAUCUUGUUUGGUGAGCCAGCCACCAACGCUCAGCACUCUUUCUUCCAAUUGGUUCACCAGGGUACCAAGGUCAUCCCAUCUGACUUUAUCUUGGCUGCCCAGUCUCACAACCCAAUUGAGAACAACUUGCACCAAAAGAUGUUGGCUUCUAACUUCUUCGCUCAAGCUGAGGCCUUGAUGGUCGGCAAGGACGAGGAGCAGGUCAAGUCCGAGGGUGCCACUGGCGGUUUGGUCCCACACAAGGUUUUCUCUGGUAACAGACCAACUACUUCUAUUUUGGCUCAAAAGAUCACCCCUGCUGCCUUGGGUGCUUUGAUUGUCUACUACGAGCACUUGACCUUCACCGAGGGUGCCAUCUGGAACAUCAACUCUUUCGACCAAUGGGGUGUUGAGCUAGGUAAGGUCUUGGCCAAGGUUAUUGGCAAGGAGUUGGAGGGUUCUGACAAUGUUAAGGCUCACGACGCUUCCACCAAUGGUCUAAUCAACCAAUUCAAGUCUUGGUUGUAA